AUGGAUUAUGUAUGGAUUAUGUGCAUUGUCGGAGCUUCUACAACCUUUUGGAAUACUCUUAUAACUUGGUGGUAUCAACACAUCGUUACAGCUCUGUGUCUAGUCACCACAAUCUCCGCUUACACAAAAAUUUUUUUCUCUCUGCGUCAUAACCAAAUUCAUGUUCAGAACCAUGUUGCUCAAGGACAACCGAACCAAGCCAUUCCACUGAACAUAGCUCGAUACAGAAAAGCGGUUAACAGUGCACUGUGGGUACAGUUAAUAUUGGUUAUUUGUUAUUUCCCAUAUAACAUAGCUAUAGCGUUAUCAUCUCAAAAAGAGAUGUCGUUAUCUUCUUACCUUGCUAUUAUUUUUACUGGUACCACGGUUUGUUUAAACUCGGCAUUAAACCCGUUGUUGUACUGCUGGAAGAUCAGAGAAGUAAGGCAAGCUGUAAAAGAAACAUUAAGGCAACUCUCCUGUUGAUCGAGUUAGUUUUCUGGGCUUUCCAGCUCUCUCUUGCCAGCUCUUAAUUCCUGCUUGAAUCCUCGAUGAUAUUGACUGUAAAUAUAUUGUACUGCACGCAUUUUUAUGAAGGCAUGUCACCUGUUUUUCAGGGGCGAGUAUAUUAUAAAUAUUCCAGUUCUAGAAAUCCAAAGAUCGUGUUAUCUUUAUUAUUUAGUGGCAUAAAGUUGUUUCCGUCAAGAAUAAAGAGCUAACAAAGAAAUAGAGUUUAAGGGCUCCAUUCCCUUUCUUCUUCUUCUUCUUCUUCUUCUUCUUCUUCUUCUUCUUCUUCUUCUUCUUCUUCUUCUUCUUCUUCUUCUUCUCCUUCUUGAAACUUGAAUAACUUGUUACUUGAUACAAAGCCUGUCAAACCAGUUAAACCACUUAAAAGUAGUACAUGACCUUUUCAUAAUGAGAUUCCCCUGCAUUUUGUUCAUGAGAUAAAGACAAAAGGCCAUAUUUGACGUCAUCAGCGUUAAUGUUUCCAAUAAUGAGAUUUCAUUUCCAAAAAAACUGAAUCUCUUAAUUUUAUCCCUAUCAGUUCUUUCUUGGUGUAAACUCAGAAUAAGUAACAUUAGCAUGCAAAUGAAAGAUAUUAAAAGCGCAUCGACGUUUAAAGCCAGCACGGGUUGCCUUCCCAAGAGCCCAGCGAGGUUAUUGGAUUGCCUAGUCCCCAGGCUCAUUAGUCCGCGGGACUAACGUAAACAAAACGCAUAGCAAGAAGGCCUGGGACGUAAGCAAUUCAAUUUCUGUUGUACACGUAUUUGUUGUGUAUAAGAUGUGGCAAGAUAGUUGUUUUAGUAAACUUCUGUGGGUAUUGACUACACAAUAACAUUUUGCAUUUUGCCAAACAGGUCACAAAAGAAAAUUAGUAGUAUGUGUCACACAUGCGUUUUUGUUUACGGAAAAAUGUUUCCUUUUGGCGUGAAAGCAAAUCCACACGACCACAUUUAAAUGUUUUGAAAAGAAGUUCUACCAUCGUACUAUGUAAUAUACCCGAAAAACCUAGCUUUAUUAUGAUAGGGGUACAAGAUAAAAGCAAAUGGAAGCUGGCAGCCAAAAGAUACCGUAAAAUUCCGAAAAUAAGCCCCUCCAGGUAUAAGCCCCUCCAAAUAGAAGCCCCCAAACCGGUAACGCAAAGAACCCUCUGUUAAAUCGCCCCUCCAAAUAUUACCCCGGGGGCUUGUACCUGGAAAAUUGCCCUCAAAUACAAAGUAAAACAAAGCAGAAACGGUAAAUUUCUUUCCAACUAUAAGGCUAGCCCAAUCGAUUUUGAAACGCAAAUUUCCCUCCGUAGUUAAGCCCCUCCGAAUAUAAGCCGCUCCAAAAAUAAGCCCCUCGAAAAGGGCCUUUGUGAAAUAUAAGCCCCGGGGCUUAAUUUUAGGAAUUUUAGGGUAGGGUACUAUUUAAUUGCCCGAUAUUUUGGUUAGACAAUACUAUCCUUUGUCUGGGGCUGCAAAAAAGCAAAAAUAAAUUGUUAUAAAUAAGCGGUUGAAAAAAAACAACAACGAACAGUCGAUAUUUCGCUUCCUCUCUGAGUUGUUGGAAGAAAAGAAAAGAAAAUCAAAAGUACGAAUAACAAGAAUCUGUGUGUCGAGAAUUUAUUUGCUGGGCUAAAAACAUAUUAUAUUAACAUAAAAAGCAGUCAGCAGGUGUUUAAAAUGGUUAAGGCCGCUUUAUUAAAAAAAGACAAAUUGAGGUGAUAAUCGAAGUUGGUAAACAAAUAUUGUUACCAUAGUGAAUAUCUUUAUUUUAUACUCAAGCAUUAUUGAUAGUUAUGGGGUUUCGUUCACUUAAACGAAACGUGUGUCCUUAUAGAUAUCGCUAUUUUGCUUUAGUAAAGGAUGAGUUGGACAGUUAAAAAUACGAAUAAAAUAACAAGAAUCUAUAUGUGUCGUGAAUUUUUAUAUACUGGGCUAUAAAAGAUAUAUUGACAUAAAAAGAAGUCGGCAGGUGUUUAAAAUAAUUAGGAACGCUCGUUUAAAAAAAAGACAUGAGCUAUAAUCAAAACUAUGCUAAAGAAAAUUUUUCUUAGUUGCAAGUUAGAAUGGAUAUCUGUAUUUUAUACUUAACUAUUAUUGAUAGUUAUGGGGCUCACUCAAUCGAAACCUAUCUCAACCGACCCGAAAUUAUAAUUAAACCAGUUUGACAUGUUUGGACUGUCAAAAUUUCCUUUCUACAAGGAAACUCUGUGCACGGUCAAAUUAAAAGCUGGCCGCGCACGAUUAGCAAUUUAAAUAGUUUAUACAUGUACAUAACAAGUAUAGCCCCAGUAUAGUCGAAUGUUUACUAAACGAGAUGUCGUUAUAAAGUUUUCAACAGCGCUCGUUUUGCCCCGAGUUUCAUAACAGACCCAAAAACUAAAGGCUCUUGCCAAGUUUCUUUUUCCAGCCAUCUGAAUUGGGUUUAAUAACUCACAUGUAUUACGCUCUGUUAGGAAAAUUCUGAUGACUCAAGCAUAUUUGCAUGCAGCUUAAUAUGUUGAAUUAGCCGAAUUGCUGGAACUCGGACAGCGAUGUUAAUGAAGAAAACGUCAUACAGACUUUUUGCACCGACAUUAUAUUAAGACCUAAAAAGUCAUUAAAAUGGCUCGUGAGUCAGUUUCACUUCACCUGGCUCAUUAUAGUUCGACUAAUGUUUGUUUGAAAAACUAGACAACUUCGCUGAAUCCUUUUCCCUUGUGUGGUACGACUAAAAACAGAAUUAUUUUUUUUCCUCACAGUUUUGUAGGAAAAAUUAAAACAAGAAGAAUUUACAACGGUCAUUAUCUCACAUCCAUAACAGACAACAAAAUUAACGCAGCCCACACAGUUUGAUGUGUUUACCUACUGUUUUUAACUCCCUUUACUACUGAAAACGCAUUAAAAUCGUCAGUGAGUUACUUUCAACAGGCUCAUUAAAGUUCGGUGUCAGCUUGAAACACUUCAUUGUUUUUGCUAAACCCUGAAUACGACUUUUAAAAACAAAAUAAAACUCAUCUCUUUUGUUUUUGUUUUUGUUUGAAACACGGAUCGUGGUAAUUACAGAAGAAUUAACAAAUAAAAUAACCUCGUGAAAGCACAUGCACUGAGAUCCCUAAUUGAGUGCUAAUUGUUGUAAACAUGUGGAUAUCUUUUUCCAGCCAUCUUAACCAUAUGUGUGGUCAGUGCGUAGUGCAUAUACACCUGAUUGCCAUGAACAUGUCUUAGAAAAAUGGUAAAGGAGAAAUGAAAAUAGAAAAAGCCAAAUAGGAAUUAAUUAGGCCUGCUAAUAAAUCUAGAAAGGAGUUAGAAAAACCGGAGCAUUUAUUUGUUGCGUAGGCGUUUUGGGGGCAUAGAAGUGAAGUCAGUACGCGUAUGUCGAAAAUAAAUUCACUAUAUAGCGGUUUAACGGUAAGCCUAACUAAUUUCGAUUUGUUUUUUGCAUUUUUAAUUUCAGUUCCUUUUAACUGAUUUAACUAUGACAACGCAAUUGCAAUUAGGUGUAUAUACAGUAUAUCGCUUAAUUUUUGGGAAGGAGUGAUGGCUCAAGCUUAUCAUAAACUUUUAAAAAACUUGAGUUAUUGGAAUUUCCUUCAAAUUGUAUUUACUGCGACGUCAAGUUACCAAUGCGCCGCCAACAUAAGACCUAAAAAGUUAUUGAAAUCAUCCUUGAGUUUAAGUUUCCUGUGACAUGACACCUGGCUCAUAGCUCGGUCAGUUAGAUUGAAAAAGUAUCGAGACAACUUUGGCCCUGUGAGCUUUUUCUUUACGUUUAGUUAAUAGUUUUUGCACGUUUAUGACUCUAUAAAUGACUGCUGAUCAUUGUUUAUUAAUACGCGACAAUUUAACGUAUAUAGUUAUGAAACGUGGAUCAUGCAUCAUGCAUCCUUCUUCACCGAAGCAACCUUAAUUGAAAUAGAUGGAUGAAUAAAGCCCUCACUUCCCGGCUCAGAAAUAUGGCACCGACAAAUUCUACCGAAUAUGAAAACAAGAAAACAGUCGAUGAACUGUACUGCUCGGUGGAAUUAAUCAGAGGUGUAGAUGGCGAACUUAUAUUCCUUUCAGCUCUUCAUAUUUUUCUUUCCGUCACUGCAUUUCUGGGGAACACUCUGAUUCUAGUUGCCCUACACAAGGAAACUUCACUUCAUCCGCCGUCCAAACUCUUGUAUCGUAACCUAGCGAUAACUGAUCUCUGUGUUGGUAUCAUUUUGGAGCCUUUGACUGUGACUUACCUUACUUUUGUUGUGAACGAAAGAUGGGAUAUUUGCUAUCACGCAUAUUGGGCACAAAUGUUCUUAAGUUAUAUUUUGUGUGCAGUAUCUUUAGUAACAUCGACUGCAAUAAGUGUGGACAGACUUCUCGCCUUGCUACUGGGGCUCAGAUACAGACAAGUUGUAACUUUGAGAAGAACGUUUAUAACUGUGACUGGUUUUUGGAUUUUGUUCAUCAUUGCUGCCUGCACUAUUUUUUGGAAUUCUCUUAUAACUUCAUGGUGGCAAUACAUAGGUACAGCUCUGUGUCUAGUCACCACAAUCUUCGCUUACACCAAAAUUUUCCUCACUCUACGUCACAACCAAAUUCAUGUUAACCCUGUUCAGAGCCAUGUUUUUCCAGGACAACCAAGCCAAGCAAUUCCACUUAACAUAGCUCGAUACAGAAAGGCAGUGAACAGUGCACUGUGGAUACAGGUAACAUUGGUUGUUUGUUAUCUGCCGUUUGGUAUAGCGGUCGCUUUGACACCUCAGAGAGGGAUGCCUUUAUCGAGCUACCUUGCUCGAAAUUUUGCGGGUACCAUCGUUUACUUAAACUCAUCCUUAAACCCCUUUCUGUACUGUUGGAAGAUGAGGCAAGUGAGGCAAGCUGUGAAAGAAACACUAAGGCAACUCUUCUGUUGA